GGAUUCGGGAAGAACUGAACCGUCCAACCCCUCACCAUUUCAAGCCUCCCUCCCUCACCGUAUUGUUCCUCUUCCUCCCUCACGGCGCUCCUCCUUCCCCACCGGCGACCCGCCGAUUGACCUGUCUGCUGCGUCCCUGUUAGAGGUGACUGGGACGACGGGCGACAGCCGGUGACUUCGCCGGGAGGGAGGGCGCGUCGUCGGUCACUAUCUGCGGGGAGGAAACCUAAGCGCGUUACUCCUAUAUAAGAUCCAAUUCUCUCUCUCUCUCUCUCUCACUGUCUCUCUCUUUUCCCGGACCAAGUGAGGGUGUGGCAAACAGGGCUUUCGACGUCUCUCGCUACCCGUCCGCCGAGGUGCUGAGCUGGUUUAGUUGAGGAGGAUUUCGCUGGCUUCCCUUGCAGUUUUUACCCACAUAUUGAAAGAUGAGUAGCAGAAAGGAGGAAGAAAGGAAUGAGAAGAUUAUACGAGGUCUUAUGAAGCUUCCUCCUAACAGGCGAUGCAUCAAUUGCAAUAGCCUGGGGCCACAAUAUGUUUGUACAAAUUUUUGGACAUUUGUUUGUACAACAUGCAGCGGAAUACACCGUGAAUUUACACAUCGCGUAAAGUCAGUGUCCAUGGCAAAGUUCACCUCCCAGGAAGUUGAAGCCCUUCAGAGAGGUGGCAAUCAGCGUGCUCGUGAAAUUUAUUUGAAGGAUUGGGACACACAGAGGCUUGGUUUUCCUUCGAUCAGUAAUGUUGAUAGAAUCAGGGAAUUUAUAAAGAAUGUGUAUGUGGAUAAGAAGUUUGCUGGAUCAAGAACAUCUGACAAGCCUCCAAGGGAUACUGUGAGCCAACGGAAUAAUGAUGUUGACAAUAGGCGAGCUAGCUCUUAUCAUUCUUAUUCCCAAAGUCCACCAUAUGAACAUGAAUAUGAAGAGCGCCGUUAUGGGAAGCAACCUGCAAUGCUCAGCAGGAAGCCUGGCUCAGACCGUGUACAAUAUGAGGGGAAAAUCUCUAGCUUUAUAUACAGCCCAGGCCGACUGAGUGACCAUGUCAUGUACGAGGACAGGUUUGCCAAUGAAGGCCUUGGUGUGAAUCCUGUGGAUUACUCAGGCUCUAGCCAUGGUCACCGAAGGUCUGAUGUCCAAUCACCUAAUUUUCAGAAGGAAACUGGAUUCAACAGUCCUCCUGUGCGUGCUGUUAGAGACAUAUUGGCUGACGAUAGGAACUUGCCAACAGCAUCCAGAUCUUCUGAGGAUAAUUCCAGGAGGGCGGCUGGUGAUGUAACUCGUCCACAGAAAACUAUGUCUACUGGCAGUUUUGGUUCUAUUGACAGCAACUCAAUGUCCUUGAAGCCUGUUGUUUCAUCCAGCUUAAUAGAUAUAAACUUUGACAGUGGGCCGGUUCCUGGGCCUCAACAGAAUAGGCCAUCUUUCAACCCAACCUUUUCACAGACUGUUCCAUCAAGUUCUGCAAGUCAGAACCCAUUUGAUUUCCCUUCAACAAAUUCUGCUACUUCAGUUGAUCUAUUUGCUGAUGUUUCUCAGCAGCAGAGUUCAGCUGUUAUGCCAUCAAUAGAUCUUUUCGCGAAUGUCAACCAGCAACAGCUGUCUCCUGCCCCAUCUACUGAUCUAUUUGGUAAUGUCAUGCAACCGAAGUUAUCUUCUAUCUGCUCACAGCAGAAACUACCUUCUACUUCUUUCACAGACAGUGAAGGAUGGGCUACGUUUGAUUCCCCACAGCAGCUGCCACUGGCACCUGAAAUGAAAAGCAUAUCCAUAGUCAUGACAUCCAGGGAGGUAACGUUACAGCAACAGUUUGAAGCCUUUUCAUCUGAAAAUGACAGGACACAUCUGCCAUCUGAUCCAAGUUCUAAUGGUCCUUCAGGGUCCCAAUGGAACGCAUUUGAUGCUGCUAGUGGUGGCAAUCUACCAGUCCCCUCGGGAGGUUCAGUUACACAAGGUGAACCUGCAGUUCAUACUGUUUUGCCUACUGCAACUGCCAAUCAGUUAUGGAAUUCUAUAUCCAUUGAGGAAUUAACAACCACAAGAUACCAAAGUUCACUUAUGAAAGAUGGACCUUCUGUAAAUAGUUUCACAAAUAAUAGUGUGGUAUCAGCAUCAUCAUUUCCGUUGUCCGGAACUCCUUUCAUGGGAGAUGAAUCAUCAGAUUUCAAGAGCGUGAAAUCCACAAACCCAUUUGAUCUUCCUUAUGAUUCUGAUGGGGGAGAGAACAAUGUGUUCUUAGACAUGGGAUCUCUACAAGCAGCCCUGCCAAAUCCACAAUUACCAAAUAAUUUCGUGAGUGGGUUGAAUCCUUCAUGGUUUCCUCCAGGCUCGGUCCCGCCUUGUAUGCCUCCUGCAUCCCAAGGAAGCACAACCUUUAUUGGCGGUCAAGCACCACCUUCGCAACUUCUAAACUUGCCGACCCAAGGUCCUGUUGCUCCUCUCGGUGGCAAUCCAUUUGCUUAGGAUGAUGAACUGACCAAUGCUUUGCUUCUAUACCUGCUGCUGUGGAUCAACUGGAUUGGUUCGUAGCGUUGUACUCCCGUAUGGGAAAUCAGGCUUGUCGAGUGCGUCUGUAUUUGCAUUUGUUUCGUGGCGUGCUUGUUGUAUAUUAAUUUUGCCAAUUAGCUUUCAUGCCAUAUUUGGUUCCUAGGGUCCAGCUUUGUGCCUUUGAACGAUAUUCUUUGAGGGUAGUAUAAAUCAAAGUAAGAACUUUGUCUGUCGCA